UAGGAGUUGAACUAAACUGAACUGAGCUGAAAUGAAUUUCAACAUAUUAAGGGAAUAUACAAUUACAAUAACUCUGUACGGAGUACAUUUUCAUUUGUAAUCCGCGCUUUAAAAAAAAUCGAAUUUUUUAUUCUUCCCUCUAAAAAAUCACCUCAAAAAUUUGAACCAAAACAACCCUACUAAUCUUCUUGCUACCUCUUUCUCUCUCAAUCUCUCUCCUCUUUAUCAAUCAUCUCUGCCCAAAAUCAAUUUGAUGAUUGGUAAAAAGCGUCCAAGUGUUUCUUUGAGUUCUACUCCCGAUAAUAAUCAUGAUAAAUUAUCGGUUUCGAAGACGGUGAAGAGCCAAAAACCAUUUCCGUUUCCGGGAAAGGAAAACAUUUCCCCAUCCUUAACGACUUGUAAGGGGAUAGCUGAAUUCAGUGAGGCAUUUUAUCGAACACAAGGCGGGUGUUGUCCUUCAUUGGAUAUUCAGAGUGAACCUAUUUCGAAUUCUGGAGAAACUGAUUCAAGUACUCAAUGGUUGGAUUCCUGCUUCGGUAGCAGUCUUGAUGAGUUGGAUUCAGUGAUACUCGAAAAUUCCGAUUACCCUUGCAAAUCUCCUUGUCAACUUAGUAGUCCUGAUCAUGGUAGUGGUGAGCAUGUUUCUGUCAAAUCUCAUUCUAUUGAGUCCAGGUUGUUGUCCUCCUCAUCGUUGUCUGGUAGAAAUGGAGAUGGGCAUGGACAAAAUAUUGGUGGCUGUGAUGAUGAGGACGACGAGGACUUUGAAUCUAACACCCAAUUUGGUGUGUUAAUGAGGUUGUGCUCUGAAGAAGAUGAUUUUAACCCUCAUGAUCCUGAGCCUGAAUUGGUGUGUCCCUUGUGUGGGGUUGACAUUUCGCAAUGGGAUGAAGAAUCUAGGCAAUGUCACGCUAAUGGUUGUCUUGACAAUUUUGUCACACCAAAGGAAAAUUCUCCAGGUGUUGCAAAGAAACAAUCUUCACAAUGUUCUGACAAGCCUUCUGUUCAAUCUCCCGAACAAGCCCCCGAACAAGCCACUGCUGUGGCUUCAGUCAUAAAAUGGCUACACAGUCUGGAUCUUUCCAAAUAUGAAGCAGCUUUCAUUCAACAUGAAAUCGACUGGGAAUCCCUGCAAUGGCUAACUGAGGAGGAUCUUAUCACUAUAGGUAUAAAUGCACUUGGCCCCAGAAAGAAGAUUCUGCAGAGUCUCAAACAUCUCAGGAAAGACAAUGGUCCUGAAGAACAGGGAAAUGGCGAUUCUGAAUGUUUGGUUGAUGUGACUAAGAAGCCAACCAUGAACAAGCUGAUUACAGAAUAUUUUUCAAGUCCUUCUGGGGUGAAGAAAAAAUUGCCAAAGUCAAGACAGCAGAUGGAGACAGCUAAAUCAGUCCCUCGACAGAAGAAGAUUCCAGCUAAGAGUGGCCCCAAGGGAAAAAAUAAGGUUGUUCCUCCAUGGUGUUGUAUUCCAGGAACACCAUUUCGAGUGGACGCAUUUCGGAACCUUCGAAGUGAAUGUUCUCAUUGGUUUCUAACACAUUUUCACUUAGACCAUUACCAAGGGCUGACAAAAUCCUUUUCUUAUGGAAAAAUUUAUUGCUCCAUGAUAACGGCAAAGCUCGUAAAUGCAAAAAUUGGGAUUCCAUGGGACAAAUUGCAGGUCAUGCCCCUAAACCAGAAAAUAAGUGUUGCCGGAAUCAAUGUCACUUGUUAUGAUGCAAAUCACUGCCCAGGCUCCAUAAUUAUACUCUUUGAGCCCCCUAAUGGUAAGGCAGUUUUGCACACUGGUGAUUUUCGGUUCAAUGAGGAAAUGGCAAAGAGUGCUUCUCAGUUAGGAUGUCAUAUUGAUACCCUUAUUCUUGAUACAACAUACUGUGAUCCCCAGUACAAUUUUCCAAAGCAGGAGGUGGUUGUGCAGUUCAUCAUUGAAGCAAUUCAAGCUGAGUCUUUCAACUCCAAAACCCUGUUUCUAAUUGGCAGUUAUACAAUUGGGAAGGAGAGAGUCUUUUUAGAAGCAGCUCGUGUCCUGCGCAAGAAGAUCUAUGUUCCUGCUGCAAAACUUCGUCUCUUGGAGUGUUUGGAGCUGCCAGCAGAAGAUAUGCAGUGGUUUACACUAAAUGAUCGUGAGAGCAACAUACAUGUUGUACCUAUGUGGACAAUUGCAAGCUUCAAACGGUUGAAACAACUUUCAUGUCAAUAUGCAGAAAGGUUCAGUCUAAUAGUUGCUUUUUCUCCCACUGGUUGGACUUUUGGUAAAGGGAAGAAAACUGCAGGACGUGCAGGGAGAAGGUGGCAGCAGGGUACUAUUAUAAGGUAUGAAGUACCUUAUAGUGAGCAUUGCAGCUUUGAAGAAUUAAGGGAGUUUGUGAAGCUAACUUCUCCAGUCAAAAUAAUACCUAGUGUCAACAAUGAGAGUGAAGCCUCUAGUAAUGCGAUGAUUGAGCUCUUACUGUCGUCAUCAGACGAUGAUCCAGAAAAUUAACAAGCAGAUCUAAUUGUAUGUAAAGUGAACCAGUAGCAUGAAUGAUUGUCUUACAGGCUGAUUAAGUUGAUAUUUUGGGUAUAUCAGGCUUAUGUGGUGGCAAGAGAACUCUGUAGUCUCUGGGAUAUGUUAUCGGUUGGCAGAAUCAAUUGCUCGUCAAUGUUUGCCUGUUCUGAAGGUCAUGAAUGGGGGCAGGUGCAAAACAGUUGCAUACAAGGUGUGGCCACUUUGCAAGAUUAGAUUUGUUGCUCUCAUCCUUUGUUGCAUGUUAUCAGCGGAAUUUUCAGGGCGUUGUAAUAUAACAAAAGAUUGGCCUAGUUGUUUUAUAAGGGUGAAAAUUGAAAUAAAUUUUCAAUGUAAUGGAUGUAGAGGAUAUGUCAUGUGAUUUCCUUGGAAAUGAACGUGAAAAACUAAGUGUAUGUAAUUUUGUAUCUCUGGAUUUAUCCAAUCAAGUAAUGGAAAUGAUUCGACAGUUCUGGA